AUGGCUCCCAAGUACAAGGAGGGGGAUGUCGUCUUCACACUCAACGCAAGAUGGGUAUCCUGGGUACACACCGCCGUCGCAUACUGCGCCUUCCUCGGCGCCCUCUUCGUUGGGUGCUGGUUGCAUUAUCAGAAGAUUGUACAAAAUGAGCAUUAUGGUUACCCUGAGGAAUGGUUUCCCUCUGUCAGUGCGACGAUAGGCGACAGAUAUCCCGAACGAUCGGUCUUCAUGGUCUUCAUCGCCAUGACAUCUGGCCCGCGGUUCGCCCUGGUCGGGCUGUGGUAUCUCCUCACCAAGCGUCCGAACUCGAACCUGCCUGCCAUCAUUGCCGGUGUUGGUGUCUUCAGAACGUUGACCUGCGGAGGCUGGACAUAUGUCACUUCGACCGAUGACCAUGAUUGGCAUGACAUUUUCAUGAUCUCAUAUCUGGUCGCGACACUUCCAUGGACUCUGGGCUGUCUCGCUCUCAGUCCGCCCAAUCCCGAGGCUGUUAAAUGGCGCAAGAGGUUCGCUGGCCUGUUCUUCGGGACUCUUGUCCCGCUCAUUUACUUCUUCAUUCAGCACAAAGUCCACAAAGUGGCAGGAGCGUAUACAAUAUACGCCUUCUUCGAGUGGGCCCUUGUCCUCUUCGAUGUAGCUUUCGACGCUGUUACAGCAUAUGACUUCAAUACCUUUGAGGUGGUCGUCCGAGACGUCAAGGGUCUCAGCCGAGGUGACGCGAAAACGCUGAAAGACAGUGUCAAGGAUAAGAAUCCUGAUCAGUCCAUUAUCCAGGCCUCGACCUUCGAUGGCCCAUAUUACUGGCCGGCAGUGCUGGACGCUGCAUCAGACAUCUUCUCUGGCUACGUAUUCUGGUCAAUUUUGACUUGCCUCGGCGUUGUAAUUUGGUACUUCCCAUUGUGGCACAUGGGCAUUUCCGGUUUCGAGGUCUUCGUGAUGGCCCCAGCUGCACCGCUGUGGCUUGCCAUCCCAGCAGUACGCUCUCUGGUCAUUAAGAACAUCCGUGUCGUUCACCUGUUGUCCGUGGCCGGUGUUCUGUCGUGGCUAGUCAAAGAUCCAGUGUAUCGGCUCUUCACAGUCGGUACCGCUGUAUCGCUCGGAAGCAUCGCGUGGAGUGCAACCUGGUACGCAGAGAGGGCCAAUCCGAAUCGACUGCAAACGCGCAUUCUUGCAUGGACCAUCGGCCUGGUGCUAUCCAGCAUUUCCAAAUUCGCCAAUUACGGCAAUAAUCCCAUAUGGCCUGUUCUUAAUGCUGAGGGCGGCGGCUGGAACAAGACUGGCGUUCUACUGGCAGUCCUUGCUAUCUGGCGAUCCACCCGUCAAGUCAACGUAAGUGGUGGCGACUACAACCCCGCCGCUCAGAAGAAGGGUUCUGCCGGUCUCAUCAGUCUGGGGCUUGGAGCACUGUUCUUCGGCAUGCACUCGCUGUUGUCCGAUUCAAGUACAAUGAUCCUAUGGGUUUGGGAGGGCUAUCCAGUCCGUGGCCCAAUUGCUAGCCCACACGGCGCCGUCACCAUCUUCUUCAUGGCAGUCGGGCUUUUCCUAGGAACAUCGAUCCCACAAGUCUUUACAACAUGGACAGCCUUCGGCAUUGGAUCGGUGGGAGCAGCACUACUGACCUGCUACAGCCAUUGGACGGGUUAUUAUGGUGCCCUUGCUUUGACAGUCUAUUUGAUGGGUGUUGCGCCGAGUUUAAUCACAGCCGGAGCCCAGCACAAUCCAGCCAAGACUUUUGGAUUUGGGUUCUUGUUCUACAACUUUUUGGUCCUGUUCCAUGUCUGGGUAGUCGCUUACGCCUUCGUGCCUGGCGGUCCGUUAGUGCGAGAGCAUACUGACUGGAUCAUGGCGACAAUGAUGAUAGCCAUUGGGGCGGCUGUCUUUACGAUCCAGACCACCGACUCACCUCACAAACGCCGGUCGGCCACCAGCUCGAGCUCGAGGAAAGCUUCGGCAUAUUACAUACACAUCCUACUGGCUCUGCAACUGCUGUCUGCGGCCAUUGCGUACCUACGCUUCCCGACGAACGACUACCAGCCGUAUCACAAAGAGGAAAAGCUAAUGACAGCCGGCAUCUGGACUACACAUUUCUCUCUGGACAACGACCUCUGGACCUCCGAGUACAGGAUUCGCGAUGCGCUCAAAGAAUUGGAGAUCGAUGUUAUCGGUCUGCUAGAGUCGGAUACUCAGCGCAUCAUUAUGGGCAACCGCGACGCCACGGCGUUCCUUGCUGAAGACCUGGGCAUGUAUGUUGACUUCGGCCCUGGCCCGAACAAGCACACUUGGGGCAGUGCACUUCUGUCGAAGUUCCCGAUCGUGAACUCCACCCAUCAUCUUCUACCAUCACCGGUAGGUGAGCUUGCGCCAGCUAUUGAAGCUACGCUUGACGUGUACGGUACUCUGGUAGAUGUCUUCGUCUUCCAUUCUGGUCAAGAAGAGGACCCCGAAGAUCGUCGACUGCAGAGUCUAUACCUCAGCAAACUUAUGGCUGCUACACCUCGUCCGGCAAUUCUGCUGAGUUACUUGGUCACAAAGCCGGAGCAAGGCAAUUACAAUACAUACGUCGGUGAUAAGAGUACCAUGCACGACAUCGAUGUCAGCGACUGGGAUCGAUGGUGCGAAUACAUCUUAUACAAGGAUAUUAAGCGCGUUGGUUAUGCUCGAGUCGCCCGAGGCACUAUCACAGACACCGAGAUCCAGCUUGGAAAAUUCGUAAUUGGCGAGCCCGUCUCAUAUACGAACGAGAGGAUAUCAGAAGAGCAGGUUCCACCAGGCCGACGUUUCCCGGAUAUGUUCAAGCCCCCGGGUGCCCGAGGCCACUUCUACCACGUCCUUGAUGGUGACGCUCGUGGGGGUGCUCCUCGCUACUAUGCCUGA